GGGGGGGUUCUUUUCAGCUGCCUCACGGCUUGAGAUGGAGGCUGCUCCGACGGGGAGGGAUCCAGGGGGCCCAACCUGCCUUGCUUUGCCUGCCUGUGUGUGUGUGUGUGUGUGUGUGUGUGUGUGUGUGCACAAGUGAGUGUGUUUGUGUGCCCGGGCCGGGCGAGUGUGCGGCUUAGUUAAGCCUAAUGUGGUUAAAAGCUUUAAUAUUGAUGGCCUGUCAACUUUGUCCUGAUUCUUCGCCUUUGAGUUAAAAGGUUUUUGUUGUUGGUAGCUUAUGCAGUUGCUCGGUUGCUAUGGAAACGUGACAUCGAAAUGACGUCCCUCUGUUUAAAAGCUUUUAGCUAAAUUCCAGCCUGUCAGAGGUAGGCCCCAUCUUGGGCGCCCCAGCCGUGGGUUGUGCUUGCCCGGGCUGUCUGUGUGUGUGUGUGUGUGUGUGUGUGUGUGUGUGUGUGUGUGUGUGUGUAGAGCCUCCUCGGGGCGGCAGCUGCCAUGGCUGCAGUCCCGGCCCCCGCUGGAUGUCUGCUGUCCACCCAGAGCGAGAAGCAUCGCCGGGCGCGCAACUGGACCGAAGCCGAGAUGCGGGGUCUGAUGCUGGUCUGGGAGGAAUUCUUUGAGGAGCUCAAGCAGACCAAGAGGAACGCCAAAGUUUACGAGAAAAUGGCCAACAAACUCUUCGAAAUGACGGGCGAAAUCCGGCACGGAGAAGAGAUCAAGAUCAAAAUCACCAACAUGACCUUCCAGUACAGGAAAUUAAAAUGCAUGACAGAUAGCGAAACCUUGGCUCCUGAUUGGCCUUAUUUCAAAACCAUUGAUAGAAUUUUAUCCAAAGUCUCGGAGCACAAUGACGUGAAAGUUCACGAUAGCCAGCAACCGGGUCCGUCCACCUCCCAAACGGAAGCGUCCCAAUCACCCUCCACCAAAUCAGCUCCCCUCUAUUUGCCGUACAAUCAGUUCACCUACGAAGGACGAGAGGAAUUCUUCGAAGACGCGCAUUCAGACAGCUCCUCCAGCCUCAUUUCGUAUAAAUUAAGAGCAGAAGAGCGACCGGUGAAGAAAAGAAAAGCGCAAAGCUGCAGUUUCCAAAAGAAGAAGCUGAAGCUGAUGGAAGCCAUGCUGGAAGAGCAGAAGAAGCUGAGCAGAGCCAUGGAGGAAACGUGCCGGGAAGUUCGACGGACUCUGGACCAGCAGAACAUUAUCCAAGUGCAAACUCUGCAGCUGCAGGAAAGAAUGAUGAAUCUCCUGGAGAAGAUGAUCACCAAAGCCAACGUUUAAUUUCGCCUGGAGAGGAAGAGGAGGGGGAAAAGAAGAAAAAGAAAAAAAGAAAAAAGGAAGCAACAUUAAACCUGUUUGAUAGAAAUGGCUUAUUUCGUGUCCCUAGGAUAGCUUCUUCCUUCCAGAUACUGUUUCGUUCUGGAGAAAGUCUAGGUGAUCGCAAAGAGUUGACACCAACUUGAUGGCAGAUCAUCAGUCGAUCGACAUGCAGGUACUCUGAGCCACCUUGUAACCUUUUGCGUGAAAGUAGAAAAGAGACAGCAGUAGCAACACACACACACACACACACAGAGGCAGAGAGAGAGAGAUGAGAGAGACAGAAAGAGACAGAGAGAAAGAGAGACAGACAGAGAAAGAGAGAGAGACAGAGAGAGAAAGACAGACAG